AUGGACAUCCUUGGUUACGAUCAAGGUCUUCCUGAUCUCGAUCUUCCGAAGAACAACGACAAGGAUGCCCUUGGUCAACAUAACAACAUCCCGAUAGACUCGCCGCAACAAUGUUCGAGCGACUUUUACUACUCUGCGCCUGUCCCGGUCAAGAUGCCGCAAUACUUGACGCCUAUUCCCAGUGUCUUGCUCGAGAACCCGAUGAAUUUGCUUUACUGCCAUUACUUCAUCAAUUACACCGCCAACGUUCUGGUAACUCAUCAAUGUCCAUCAAAUCCCUUUUCGACGAUUUUACCACAACUUGCUAUGGAGGAUGAUAAUUUGUUGCGGCUUUUGCUGGCUUACGCAGCUUGUCACAGAGCUCGACUUUUGCGACAUGCCGAGCCAAAGAACCGUAUCGCUACUUGGGUCACCCCUGUGUUUCCUUCUUUGCGACAAGCAUUAUCAGGAAAUGAACCCAUCACCGAUUCAGCAUUCGGAUCUUGUGUCAUGCUGGCCUCUCUCACUCAAUCAUAUCCUCUAGCAUUUGACUUGCCGAUUUCGUGGCAAGAGCAUCUGAGCUUGGCGCGACGAUUGUACACUCUCAGACUUGGCCAGGAAGGCCUUCAACGAACCAACGCAACCAUCUUUUUCGGCAGAUGGUUUGCGUAUCUGGAUACUUUUGGAAGUGCAAGUAGUGAUACCUACCAAGGCGCCUACUACGAAUGGUCACGCGAGCUCAAAAUGGCCGAGCAAAUCCCUGAACUCCAAUGCUUGGCUGGCUUCACCAAUAAGUCCCUCUGUCUAUUAUCGAGAACUGCAGAAUUGGCAAAACGCUGUGAUUACGAGCGUCGCUUACAUGGACAACCUGCAGUGCAGACAAUCACAAUGUCGCAGCAAUUAAGGAUGAAUCUGGAACUGUAUACCUUGGAAAUCAAGCAUACGCGUUAUGAUUGCGCCUGCUCGCAAUCGUCCACAUCAUCGACGGAAGUUUAUCGCGCAGUGAAUGCUGCAAUAAGUCAUGCAGCAUUGAUCUACCUGCAUCGCCGCGUGUACAUGCUUCCGUCUGAUUCCCGCCUCGUGCAAUUCUCAGUCAACGCAAUUUUGGAUGCCUUCACUGAACUCAAAGGAUACAAUGCAUUCGACACUCCAGAUAUCAUUCUACCACUCUUCCUUGCAGGUUGUGAAGCAAGAGACCCUGGAAAAGCAAUUGAUGUGUUGCAACGACUACAGAGUAUUGAGAAUGCUGGCAUGGGACAAGUCGUUCGUGUCAAGGCUUUGUUGCAGGAAUGCUGGGAUACCAAGAGAGACUGGACUGAACUCAAGCACAAUGUGCUUCUUGGCUGA